AUGGGGCUAGAAGAAUUGUUCUCCCUUCUCACAGUUUUUCCAGUGGGUAUCAAGGUAACACGUUUCUUGUUAACUGCCUUCAAAUUUGCAGUAAGAAGCUUUUUUGCUUGCAGCCAAGAUGAAUUUUUCAAGGCAAGAAAAUGGACUUCUGUAUCAGAGAAAGAGAGAUUGAGAAUGGAACACAUGUUGCUUCAGAAUACUAAAAGUAACCAGGGAAUCAUCCGUGUAGCUUAGGGAAAUGAGCUGGACUCUUUGACCAAUCUGUCCUUCCUAGUCAAUGAAAAAGACAUAGGGUUUGAAGUUCCUUCCGAAAUGGGGCCGGCUAAUAUAGCUCCUCCCACGAGUCCGAGGGUCUGUUAUAUCUCUGUUCCUUGAGUACCUCUCACUGAGAACGACCACAGCUAGAAGAGGCUGGGGAAAAAAAACCCGAGGAAAGAGGAAGAAAACAAACGCUGCCACUUAUGGAAGAUAUAAAGGAUUCUAGUGUGAAGAGAUUUUGUUCCAAAAAUCUCCUGGUCAUCCUUGGGUUCUCCUUUAUCCUGGCUGUGAUAGCUUUGAUCGCUGUGGGGCUGACGCAGAAUAAGCCAUUGCCAGAAAAUGUUAAGUAUGGGAUUGUGCUGGAUGCGGGCUCUUCUCACACAAGCUUAUACAUCUAUAAAUGGCCAGCAGAAAAGGAGAACGACACAGGGGUGGUGUAUCAGAUAGAAGAGUGCAAGGUACAAGGUCCUGGAAUCUCAAAAUAUGCCCAGAAAAUACAAGAAAUAGGUGUUUACUUGACUGAAUGCAUGAGAAGGGCCAAGCAGGUGAUUCCAAAGUCCCAGCACCAGGAGACACCUGUUUACCUAGGAGCCACAGCAGGCAUGCGGUUGCUCAGGAUGGAGAGUGAAAAAUUGGCAGACCAGGUCCUGGAUGCAGUGACAAAGAGCCUCAGCUCCUACCCUUUUGAUUUCCAAGGUGCCAAGAUCAUCACUGGCGAAGAGGAAGGUGCCUAUGGCUGGAUUACCGUCAACUAUCUACUGGGCAAAUUUACUCAGAAAUUGGGUUGGUUUAACCUGAUAAUUGAAGAAAAUGGUCAAGAAACUUUUGGAGCCUUGGACCUUGGGGGAGCCUCCACACAAAUUACUUUUGUGCCUCAAGAUGAUAUUGAGUCCCCAGCCAACGCUCUUCAGUUUCGCCUCUACGGCAAGGACUACAGUGUAUACACUCACAGCUUCUUGUGCUAUGGGAAGGAUCAAGCGCUCUGGCAAAAACUGGCCAAGGACAUUCAGGCAAGUGAGUCAAGCAAUGGAACCCUCCAAGACCCAUGCUUUCAUCCUGGAUAUGAGAAGAAAGUGAACAUAAGUGACCUUUACAAUAACCCCUGCACCAAGAGAUUUGAGAAGACUCUUUCAUUCAAACAGUUUCAGAUCCAGGGCACUGGAAAUUAUCAACAAUGCCAGCAAAGCAUCCUUGGGAUCUUCAACACCAGUGAUUGCCCUUACUCCCAGUGUUCCUUCAAUGGGAUUUUCUUGCCACCAAUCCGAGGGAAAUUUCAGGCAUUUUCAGCAUUUUACUAUGUGAUGAAUUUUUUCAACUUGACAUCAGAGAAAGUCUCUCAAGAAAAAGCGAUCGACGUAAUGGAAAAAUUCUGCUCUAAGCCUUGGGUAGAGGUGAAGACAACUUUUGAUAGAAUAAAGGAGAAGUACCUGAGUGAAUACUGCUUUUCUGGUGCCUACAUUCUCUCCCUCCUUCUACAUGGCUAUCAUUUCACAGCAGAGAACUGGGCAAACACUCGUUUCAAGGAAAAGAUCCGGAACACCGAUGCUGGGUGGUCUUUGGGCUACAUGCUGAACCUGACCAACCUGAUUCCAGCUGAGCAGCCAUUUUCCACACCUCUCUCCCACUCUAUCUACGUCUUCCUCAUGGUCCUUUUCUCCCUGAUCCUGGUCGCAGUGUUAAUCAUAGGCUUUAUUGUCUUUCAUACACCUUCAUGUUUCUGGAAAGACGUGGUAUAGCAGGAGCAGCUGAAAUCUUCUGGCUGGCGUGAGAAGAAAAGCUGCCCAGGGAGGAUUUUCCUCCACAACUGUGUACAAGGUCAUCCUCCCCCGCUCUCUAGGGCUAAUCUUGACCAGCACGAAACUUCUCUGGCUUUUGCUGAAGACUUUUCAUGUGAGGUAUGCACCGCUGCCUCAAGAGGACUUCCCGGCAGAUACUCUUUUGUGAGCUUACCAUUUACCCCCUUCUUCCUUUGUACUCUGUGCUUGUGUAGGCCUUAAAGACCUGCCACCUCUCAUGAUCUUUGCUCUAUAAAAGAACAAUAUUGACUUUGUGCAGAAGAACUGAGAAUACUGAGUCCUGUGCUGGGAAAUUGAGCUGGCUAAAAGAAGAAUCUCAGGAACUGAUUCAGUUGUACUCUUUAGUGCUCCCUUUCUCUGUCUCCUGCUUCCCAUUUAUUAAAAAAGCCAUACAGUGCCUCUGGAGAGGGCAGACACACAUCUCAUUCUAAGCCCACACUCUGGGUGAGAGAAUUUUCUAGACUAGGCCAAUAUGUGCUAGGACCAAAGAGUCUUGAAUGGAAUCUAUGUGCUCAUGUAGAUAAUACAAUACAUAAUCCAGUCCAAAACAGGGAUGUGUAUGAGUCACAUAUUCUUGGGUGAUGCCAGAAUGCUGCAGAGUAAAACACCUAGACCAGAGAUUUCUUAAAAGCUGAUGUACACGUAGGCAUUCAGGUAUCAGGGUAUACUACAUGGUAGGCACAUACACGUUAGGAAGAAAAAUACAGUUUUAACUCAGGGUUAGGAAAAUGCAUCCUCUAGUGCAUUUGUUGGUUUUUUAAAAUUGUGGUAAAAUAUAAUAACUAAAAACUCAUUAUUUUAACAUGUACAAUUCAGUGGCAUUUAGUAAAUUCACAAUGUGUGCAACUAUCACCUCUAUCUAGUUCCAGAACAUUUAUUACUGAGAAAUUGGCUAGAGACAAGAACAUCCCUGGGCUCACACCUAACUUUUGGUUAACAGCCGACCACACUGAUUGCACCAUAGUGAUGCUCUUUGAGUUUUAAAGCCAGGCCAUAUCUUAAUGUCCUGGGUUUAAUUUAGUGAGAGAGGUCCGUUAGUGUAGAGUGACUUGCUUUUGGGCUGUCAUAGUAUUUACACAUCAAAAUGUGCCAAAACCAAGUCUGAAAUAAUUGUUGCCACCUUGUCACACAAUUAUGGGCUCUAUUUUCUUAUUCCAUGGAAUAUUUUGUGGGAUAAGUGGUUAUGAUCUUGUCACAAAAACAUAAAGACACCUCUUCCCCUUUCCUUUAAGAAUUGCUAGAAGAGUUACCCAUUAAGCAGGACUGAGGGGAUGUUAAUGUUAUUCUGACCUUGUCCCCAGCUCUCCGUCUCUGGAUUUGGAGAAUGACUGUUGAGCUAUUGGGGGAAGGAGAGCUCCCAUAAACUAGAAGCCAAAUGUCCCUAUAUUUCUCAAAACAAUCAUUUUUGGCAAUAUCCAGGUGAGCAUAAACUUAACAAAGCUGUGGACAGGAACUUUUUUUCUUUUCUGCUACUCACAACUGAACUUACUGGAUCUUAAUUGUGGACAUUUAAAUCCUCUUUCCAAUGGUUAUAUUGUUAUAGCUGCUAUCUAUUGAGCAUUUAUUUUGUACCGUGCUGUGUGCUCAAGAUCAUUGCAUUCAUUAUCUCAUUUAAUCUUCACAACAAUCUCAAGAAGCUAUUAUCAUCUCUACAUCAUAGAAACAGAAACUGAGGUUAAGUCACUUGCCUAAAUGGCUGACCCAGAUUCUGGCAUGCACUUAACCAUUAUUUUCUCUGCUGAAUACCACUAGUUUGCUUAUAACUUCUAAGAACAUGCUUAAUUCUGCAUAAAUACAGGGUUCAUGGGGCAUGGUGGAAGGGAAAGCAGACAGAUGACCUAUUUCCUGAUGGGCUUGUAAUUUAGUUUCACCUUUAGUCCACAAAGGCUGUUAUGGCAACACUGAUAUUCUGUUCAUGUACUUUGCAUAGUGACACAGGUGACAUACAAUGCCAGUCUAUAUCUGUCAUGCACAUUACAUCAUCUAUUCCAUUCCUAACAAGGAACCACGAGUGUAAGCACUUUCUUCAUUUUACAAAGGAAGAUACUGCUUAGGAUCACACAAACUAGUACUUGGCAGGGCUAGUACUCAAACUUAUAUCUUGUGACUCAAGUCUAUUUUUGUUUUCUAAACACUGCCCUUCAGUUAGUUGGAAUUAAAAUUCACAAGUUUCCUUCAGUUUCUUUAUUCCAUGUCUGUCUUGUUGCCUGGGUCAAAAACAACUAAACAAAAACAAAACAAAACAAACAAAAAACCUUCAAGGUAUAUAGGAGCCAGAUUCCAUUGUUGUACAUCUCAAAUCAUCAUAGAGAAAAUCAGCUGAUCAGUAAGCACCUAAUCUCAAUUCUUUUGGAGGGAAGGAUGGUUUGGGGGCAAAUUCAGAAAUCUACUUUGGGCCAGUGUGAAUGGGGCAGGCCAAAUAAGAUGGGUCAGUACCAACUAAAUUUAAUAUUGGACUGCCACUGACUGUAAACGAUUACCAUUCCUCCUGGGAUUCAGAACCUGCUUCUGGUGACCCCAUUCUCUCAGAGGGUAAGAAACGUUUGUUUGUGAACACCAGAGAGAAAAAGUCAGCUUAAGUAGUUACUUCUGUAGACAAAGGAAUGAAGCUUUUAAUUAAGCUUUGUGUGUGUGUAUGUGUGUGUGUGUGUUUGUCAGCGAGUUAAGUUUCAACUGACCCAAUUCUUAAUAAGAAACAAAAUAUGAUAGAAAAGUUACACAAAGUACACUUCACUUUAAUGUUUUAUCAGUCAAGAUCUCUGCAGGAACUAGAUGGUAUGCUUAAACUGUAUAUCUGAGGAGAGUUUAAUAAAGUGACUGUAUCCAAAAUACUAUAAUUUUAACAUGUAAUCAAAAUAAAAUUAUAAAUAAGUUAA